AUGUUAAAAAAUUGGUGGGAUAACUAUCUCUCUGAAUAUAAUAGAGAACAAAUUUUAGGUGCUGUAUCAAUAGACACCAUAGUAAAAAUGGAUGGAAAUAACCAAGUUGCAGAAGAAGAAGCAAGGGAAGAUGCUUCAGCAACAUUAAUAUAUAGUAUUGCUAAACACUUCAUUGGAGAACCAAAACUUUUCCAAGAUAGGAGUUUAGAAUUAUUAAACAAUCUUAGCUGCCCAAAAUUAGAUGAUUUUAGGUGGUAUAAAGAUAUGUUUUUAGAAAAAGUCAUGAUAAGAGAAGACUAUGGUAAUGAUUUCUGGAAAGAAAGAUUUAUUAGCGGUCUACCUUCAUUAUUCACCGAAAAGGUUAGAACCAAGAUUAAAGAUAGGUUUAAUGGAAGAAUUCCCUAUGAAAACCUAACCUAUGGAGAUUUGAUUAGUUUUAUUAAUGUGAUAGGACUAGAUCUAUGCACAGAUUUAAAACUAAAACAUUUCUUGAAAAAAGAUCAGCAACAAUCUCGAAUGGAUCUAGGAAGUUUUUGUCAAGACUUUGGUUUUGAAAAAAUCUCUGCCCCAUCCAAGAAAUCGAGUAAAAUGGCUAAAAAAGCCACCACAUCAAAAUCUCAUUAUAGGAAAAAAAAUUCAGAUAAACCUUACAAGAAGAAAAGGUUUAAAAGAUCACCAAAAAGGAAUCUAGGAGAUACAUGCUGGACAUGUGGCAAACCAGACCACAGAUAA